UAAAUUAAGCAAGCACCCUUCAUCUCACCACGAUGCACAUAUAGUCAUGAUAUAGAGCACACAGCAAUCGUGUGCAUGUGCGAGUGCAUGACGUGCUAGCUAGUUCGCUCGUUAACACACUAGCUAGCCAGCUCCGACGUACGAUACGAUGAGCAGCUGCUUCAACGGAGGCGCCGGCUGGCCGGAGCCGGUGGUGCGCGUCCAGGCCGUGUCGGACUCGUGCGGCGCGACGAUCCCCGAGCGGUACGUCAAGGCGGCGUCGGAGCGGCCGUCGCUGGUGGCGGCCCCCGGCGGUUGCAUGAACAAUAAUAUUCCGGUGGUGGACAUGUCAAUGCCGGACGGGGAGGAGACGACCCGCGCCGUGGCGGCGGCUUGCCGGGAGUGGGGAUUCUUCCAGGCGGUCAACCACGGCGUGCGGCCCGAGCUGCUGCGCCGCGCGCGCGCGGCGUGGCGCGGCUUCUUCGGCCAGCCCGCCGAGGUCCGCGAGCGGUACGCCAACUCGCCCGCGACGUACGAGGGCUACGGCAGCCGGCUCGGCACGGCCAAGGGCGGCCCCCUCGACUGGGGCGACUACUACUUCCUCCACCUCCUCCCGCCGGCGCUCAAGAGCCACGACAAGUGGCCCUCCCUUCCUCACACCCUACGGGAGACGACGGAGGAGUACGCGGAGGAGGUGGUGCAGCUGUGCCGGAGGGUGAUGAGGGUGCUGUCGACGGGGCUCGGGCUGGACGACGGGAGGCUCCAGGCGGCGUUCGGCGGGGCCGGCGGCGAGGGCGCGUGCCUGAGGGUCAACUUCUACCCGAGGUGCCCGCAGCCGGAGCUGACGCUCGGCGUGGCGUCGCACUCCGACCCCGGCGGCAUGACCAUGCUGCUCGUCGAUGACCACGUCAGGGGACUCCAGGUCAGGAACGCCGACCAAUGGAUCACCGUCGACCCCGUCCCCGACGCCUUCAUCGUCAACAUCGGCGACCAGAUACAGGUGCUGAGCAACGCGGCGUACAAGAGCGUGGAACACCGGGUGGCGGUGAGCGCGGCGGAGGAGCGGCUGUCGCUGGCCUUCUUCUACAACCCGCGGAGCGACCUGCCGCUGGCGCCCAUGCCAGAGCUGGUGGCGCCGCCGGCCCGCCCGCCGCUGUACCCGUCGAUGACCUUCGACGAGUACCGCGAACACAUCCGGCGGCGCGGCCUCAGCGGCAAGGCGCAGCUCCAGUCUCUGCAGACGACGACGAAGACCUGCGCCCCUCCUGCAGCUGCUACUACUGCGUCCUCCUCCUCCUCCGCGGGCACUCUAGCUCGCUAGCUAGAGGCUGCAACUUGCAAGGUCGGAUCAAUCAAGCCAUCCAGGAACAGGUUUAAUUCGGUGGAUAGCAUGCAUUGGCCACCUGUGUAUAUUAAAUAACUGAUGUUAUUUUAUUUUCUGAAGAUCGUGGUGCAGAAUGAGACGGCGUGCUAUAUAGUACAUAAACUCGUCUCACGCGCCUAAAAUGUCACCAUCAUUCAUGACAUGAUACACUCGUACGUAUAUAAAAUGAUAUAAAUAUAUACGAAAAAUGAAACCACCACGUUGUGUAUACUAAAGUCAUCGUUUGAUAUAGAGAGAUUUCUACACUAUUAUUAUAAUAAGUAGUGUUGGU